AUGUCGCUGUCUUCUUCUUUCUCAAAGAGGAGUUUACUUUGUGCGACGCAGAGGAGGCGUUUUUGUGGGAGAAGAAGAAGAAAUUUUUCGAGAAUUGGAUUGGCGGCACCGAGACCAUCAUCGUUUUCAUUUUCAUUUUCAUCAUCCGACGACGACUCUCAGAAGAAAGAGUCGAACGACGACGACAACAAAAACGCGGAUGAUUUCGACGAUUCAGACGACGAAAAGAAGAAUAACAACGUUACCAUCAUUAAAACUGCGCUCAGAUUCGACGUCGUGGCGAAACUCAAGCCAGGAGAAACGCUCAAAAUUGUCGGGUCGAUUCCUGAGCUCGGAAAUUGGGAUUGUGAAAAUGGGUUGGCGUUAGCGUGGUCGGAAAAUCACCGGUGGAAAGGCUCGAUUGAAAUUGAACGAUUGAUUUUUGGAAGUCAUCAUCACGAAAAUGGUGGUGAUACGUUUGAAGAGGAAAAGGAGAAGGAUUUUCGAGCUCCCCGCGCGGCGGCGAUGGACGAACCGGCGACGAUGAAGUGCGUGAUUGAGAAAAAGAAGAGGAAUAAUGAAGGUGAUGAUAACGAGGAAGGUGAUGACGAUAACAAUAAUUACGUGUGGGAGGAAGGGAAGAACAGAGGAGUUGAGUUGUUCUCGUACGACGUCGCGUGUAUAAACGGAGAGUUGAGGUACCCGGACGCCACGGUGACGGGAGCGUUUGGCCAUCCGGGAGAAACGACGGUGGUUUUCGACGACGCGAUGUACGCGAAGAAGAUAAUGAAGGAAAACGAAAGCGAAGAAGGAAGACGAGAGGCGAUGGAUGCGGCGGAACGGAGUCGAGAGUGCUUGAUAGAGUGGGAGGAGAAACAGGAGAAAGGAGAAGAAGGAAGCCUUACGAGUAGUAGUGGUAGUAGUAGUAGUAGUAGCGGUAGUAGUAGUAGCGGUAGUAGCGACGGCGAGGACGUCGCGAAAGCGCGACACGACGAAGAAGCGGAAGAAGCAGAUGACGCGCAAGAAGUAUCCGAGAUGAUUAAAGAAGAAGAAAAAGCAGCAAGAAUAAGAAGAAAACGUAUCAUCGAUGAAUCGAAGUUCACUCCGUCUGUCGUGCGCGUCGCCAACGUCGACACAAUGAACAGCAAAUGGCACUUAAAGUUAGAAUCAGUCAAAGGUAUCGUUGGUUUCAACGUUCCGGAGUUGGACGACGAGAAGCUCGCGACGGCAGCCACGUAUUUACGAUGGGUCUCCGCGGGUACGAUCGAGUGCACGCAUCCUGAAGGCGCGAUACCUCGCAACGAAACUGAAAACGCUGAAGAGUACAACGAGAAAAGACGAGCGGCGAUUGAAGCGCGCUCAAUUUUUGCCAGCGUGGAAAAAGUCGAAGGCGAGACGUACCAGUUUGGUCAAAAAUUAACCACCUCUGAGGCGAGCUUAGUGAGGCACAUCAACCCGUGGUUACCGAGCUUUGACGCGAGGUUUGCUCCGAUGGCACCCUUGACAAAAAUUCGCGACUUGUGCAACGCCGUCGAAAACGACGACGAACAUAAAGACGCCGUGCCGGAAUGGUUGAAAACAGAAGUAAAACACUCCAUCGAGGGUAACUUGCUCAAAAACUUUGACGCGGACGCGUUAACUGCCACGCGUCGCAUCUUGGAUAAAGUUCGAAGAUUAAACAACACGGACGAAAACGAAGAAGCGUCGAUUAAUGAAAGCUUUGUGGAUGAUUUGAACGCGUUCUACGUCGAGUUGAAAUCCUUCCUCGGCGGCGGUCAAGUGUUUGAGAGAUUAGACGACGUGAGAGAUCGAUUGGACGACGAAAGUGACGUCAUGCAAAGCGUGGCGACGUUGUAUUCGGCACAUUUUGCCGCGCAAUCGGCGCGGAUCACCUCCUCGUUUAAUACGAGCGGUAGCGGUGGUAGAAACAACAACAAUAACUACGAUGACGACGAUGACGUUAAAAAUAUCAACGAGAACCGCGGGUGGUUUUCCGAGGAAGGCGAACAAACUUUGAACGCGUUGAGAGCGGCGACGAGAGUUCGCGCGCACUUUUGCUCCGGUCUAGUCACCGGGCUACGCAACGAUGCUCCGGAUGAAGCGAUUAACGAGCGCCAUCGAUGGCGUCAGUGCGAAACGGCGCUCGAACAGUACGCGUUUUUGAGGUUGGCGGCGAUUGAGAAGAUGGCGCGAACUUCGAACGUGUACGAGGAGGUUUUGUCUUCCUCUGGUUCGAACGUGGACGCACAGUGGCAACGCAUGAGUGAAAUCCUCGCCAUUGGUUUAAGACACGUUGGGAUGAGUGGAUAUGAGCGACGCGAGUGCGAAACCGUCGCCGCUGAAUUGGAAACGUGGUGUAACGUCAAAUCUCGCGGGAGUUCAAAGAAUAGUCCACCAACUGAAUCAAUCGAAUCGCUUCGAAGACUUCGCGCGAGUUUAAACAGAGCUCGACGCAUUGUUGAUAGUAAAUUGAACUCAAUCGUGGAAGGUUUCGCGCUCGCACCGGAAAUUUUAGGAUACGCGCUCGGAUUACCCGAAAACGUUGGCGAAGACCACGUCGAGUUUGCGAUUCGCGAAGACGUAUCGUUCGAAAUUCUCCUGUUAUUGAACGCGUGCGAGAAAGCCAUUAAUGCGGCGAUUCACAAAGCAACAUCGUCGUUAUCAUCAGCAAACGAGAAUACGAAAACGUUUAAGAUUAUAUCUUCGACUGCGAUGGAUACCACGAGAACGGAUGUGUGUCGCGUAGUCGUCAUCGACGGCGCGCUGAACGAAGAGGCGUUGCAACGCGCGACGACGACCAAAUCAGGUAGUAGGAAGAAAAACGGUACAGUGCAAAGUGAAAACGAUAACUUGUUCGUUGUCGUGCGGAGGAAUAGUAACGAUGAUGCCGCAUAUCGCGAUGAAACUGAAUUUGAGUUUGGCGAAGCGUAUGCCAAUCGCGUUAAAUGCGUCGCAUUUAUUUCGGCAUCUUCCUCGUCAUCAUCUGCCUCAGAAAAGAAGAAGAGAAAGAAGAAAAAGAGCUCGUUAUCCUCUAAAGAACCGCAGAUGUCAAACGCAACUAUCGCUGCUGGCAAAGCGUACGACGAAACGGAUAUUCUUUAUGUGGACAAACUUCUCAUGAAAGCGAUGAAAACGUCCGCGAGAAAUCACGCGAGCAUAAAGUAUCCCAUCGUUUCCACGGACGAUACCAACGAGAUUGUAAACUUGAUGAGCAUGGCAAAAGUUGGCCAGCGCGCGAUGGUGUCCAUCUCGCCUGCUCUCGGUGUCCAAAUUUCUGCCCACGAUGAAGAUGACAUUACUUUCGCGAAGACGCCAACUGAUCACGAACGAUUGGAUGCAAACACCAUCAAGUGGGAAACCGGCGACGGAUGUUUCCUCGCACUCGACGACGCUACACGACAAACGUGCGGUGAAACGGCUCAUACGUUUCGCGUGCUCGAGAAUGUUGGCAUCGUCGUCCCUUUUGGUAUGUGCGAUAUUUUCAACAGGCAAACGUCGCUUGCUGAACGCAUCGAGCAGAUCGAAUCUUACGGCGAAGGUGUGCUUUCCAACGCGGAAGACGAACGACUCGCCGAGCACGCUUGCGAUGACAUUCAGGAGAUUAUCAAGAACAAUCCUUUACCGGAUAAAUUCAUCGAAAAUGCUCUGAAAGGAAUCAAUAGCGAUACUUCCAACGAUAUAAUCGCCGUGUCUGUUUCAGGUUCUUCCAACAACGACGUCGACGAUGCCACGCUCGAUUUGAUGGAGACGCAUUGCGAAGCGAACAACUCGCAAGCCGUAUCCAAAGCCAUCUCGGAUAUCUGGGCGUCUAUUUGGACGAUUGAAGCCGUGAAGCGUCGCGCCAUGCACAAGAUAAAACAGUCCGAGGCGUCCAUUGCAGUCGUCGUGCGUCGCGCGAAUCAUUUCGAAAAAAGCUUUGCCGUUUCGAUCGGGGAUGAUGGCGAUGAAAUUCGUGAGAUUCGAUUGCGCGUCGGCCUUCGCGCCUGUCCCCGUUUCGACGAAUGCGAGUGGACGAUGUCAGCAAUUGAAAAUUCAGACGAUGCGUUCGAAACCGUGACAUUCGCCAACAUCUCCGAAGCGUCUCGGUCGCGCAAAACUGCCCCGUGGUUCGGUAAAAUCACCUCGGAAAGAGUUACGUAUAGCCAAGAACCUUUGAGCGUCUCCAAAGACGAACGGGUAAAGGCGUGCGAAAACGUCUUGAAAGUUUGCCGAGAUUUUUUGAAGGACAACAAGAACAACAAGAACAACAAGAACGACGACGACGACGACGACGACAAAAAUGGCGAAAACGCCGCAUCGAUAGAAGAACUUCGAGGCGGCUUCGAAGGCGGCAAGUGCAUAAUAUCCUCCGUAAAGUUUCGACGACGAUGA